AUGACCACCACCGCCUUGGAAAACUAUGGGUCUGCUGGGCGGAGGAUGUCUCGACAGCACUUGUGGACUGAAAUGGCUUACAUAAAAACUCAAUAUGCCUUACCGGGAGUUUCAUGGAUUGUGAUGGACGACUUUAAUGAAACUCUGGUAUCUUCAAAACACUCUAGAGGCACUAUAUCAAACGCUAAUCUGCGUGCAAAGAUACUGGAUCGUGUGCUUGUCAAUGAUCACUGGUUGGAUCAUUUUCCUCACUCUUAUGCAAGUGUGGAACCCUCUGGUGUCUCUGAUCACACACGCUGUUGGGUGCGACUAGAGACUCCCCCACCGGGUAACAAGCGUCCUUUCAAGUUCUUUAAUUUCCUUGUGGAUCAUCCAGACUUUCAUGAUACUAUUGCCACGGUUUGGGACUCCACAGAGGAAGCACUUCUGAGCCCCACUGAAACAACGUUUGACGAAGCUGCAGAAGCUAUGACUGUCUGGAACCACUGGGCAGGGAUAGAGGAAAGUUUCUUGCGCCAGAAGUCUCGGAUCACUCUGUUAAAAAAUGGAGAUCAGAACACGCUGUUCUUCUUCAAAAUCGUCCAGACGAGAACCUCCUUCAAUAUGAUAAGGCGCCUUACCUUGCCUUCUGGAGAGGUGAUUACGGAUCUUCAACGGAUCAUAGUGGUGGCUGCUGCUGAGUUCUAUCGUGCAUCGUGGGAUAUUAUCAAACAAGACUUUGUCACAGCAGUUCAGUCUUUCUUCAUGUACGGAUUUCUGCCUCGAGGAGUCAAUACGACAAUUCUGACGCUCAUUCCUAAACAUGGAGAUGCAAAAGAGAUAAAGGACUACAGGCCUAUCAGCUGUUGCAAUAUCUUGUACAAAGUGAUUUCAAAGAUUCUCGCAAACAGGCUCAAAGUGUUGCUUCCAAAGCUGAUUGAACCUACUCAAUGUGCGUUUGUUAAAGGUCGGCUGCUUCUUGAGAAUGUCCUUUUAGCUACUGAACUUGUCAAAGACUACCACAAACAGUCAAUCCAGCCUCGAAGUGUUCUCAACCUGGAUAUAUCGAAGGCUUUUGACUCAGUAAACUGGUCUUUCAUUACAAAUACUCUUCGCACUAUGGGCAUUCCGGAUAUGUUGGUACACUGGAUCCACACAUGUCUUUCCACAGCUGCUUUCUUUGUUUCGGUUAAUGGUGAAUUGGAAGGUUUCUUCGGAAGUGAACGCGGCCUGCGACAAGGAUGUUCUCUAUCUCCAUAUCUGUUCGUCAUUGCCAUAAAUGUGUUGUCAAGAAUGCUUAAUAAGGCAGCUCAAUCUCACAGUAUCGGCUACCACCCCUCGUGCAGCAAGGUAAACUUGACACACUUAAGCUUUGCGGACGAUCUAAUGAUCUUUACUGAUGGUGCAGCUGCUUCGCUGAAAGGCGUGUUCGAGGUUCUAUCAGAAUUCGCGAGUAUCUCUGGCUUGCUGAUCAAUCCAGCUAAAUUUUCUAUAUUCAUGGCGGGCCGUAUUAGUCAAGACUUUAAGGAUGAGGUUCAGCGUCUGGGCAUUCCAACAGAAUCUCUUCCUGUGAGAUAUCUCGGUCUCCCACUCACCACAAAGACAAUGACCAAAACAGAUUACGAACCAUUGAUUUAUCAGAUACGCACAUGUCUGGUGUCAUGGUCUAGUCGCUCUCUCUCAUAUGCUGGUCGUUUGCAGCUUGUGAAAACAGUCAUUGGCAGUAUAACUAACUUCUGGUGCUCUGUGUUUCGUCUUCCAAAGAGCUGUCUCAGUACUAUUGAAAGCAUGUGUGCUGCAUUCCUAUGGUCUGGAUCGCCUAAUACGCAUACAAAAGCAAAGGUCGCUUGGGAUGAUGUGUGUAGACCUAAGGAUGAGGGAGGUCUAGGCCUUAGCCGUCUCACGGAAAUAUCACGAGUUUUUGCACUUAGCUUGAUAUGGCGACUACUCACGAACUCUGGUUCCCUUUGGGUCGCUUGGACGAAGGACAGAGCAGCUUCAUUCCUCCGAUCAGAGAUUGGUAAUGGCGAGACCACCUUAUUCUGGUUUGAUAACUGGCUGAGUGUAGGACGGCUAUUAAACAUCACGGGUGAUUUAGGAACACAAGUCUUAGGUAUCCCCCGCUAUGCGACGGUCUCGGAAGCGGCUUCUGGUGGACAAUGGAACAUUCGUCGGUGUCGUGGCUAUCACCUACGGGCGAUGAUGGCCUACAUCAACCCUGUUCCAGCUCCGGCGGAGGACGCUGCUGAUGAUCGUCGUCUAUGGCACCACGGGGAUGGGGUUUACAAACCGGCAUUUUGCAGUAAAGCAACAUGGGAGCAACUUAGGACUCACUACCCUAAGAUCGCUUGGAGUAAAGUUGUUUGGUUUCAACAAAGCAUACCUCGAUUUGCUUUCAUCACAUGGCUGGCGUUUCAGGGUAGACUGUCUACGGGUGCAAGAAGUAGAGCUUGGGGUUGCAUUCAACCGUGCCUCCUUUGUGGUGAACCGGAUGAGACCCGCGACCACCUAUACUUCGCAUGCCCUUACUCGUUUACGGUGUGGAUUGAUCUCGUAGGUUUCAUGCUGCGAUCACGAGUGAAUUCUGAUUGGGCUAUCACCGUCACAUCUCUUCUGUCUCCUCGCAGGAAGGAGAUCGAUACUUGCCUCCUCAAGCUUGCUCUCCAAGCUAGCAUUUAUAGUAUUUGGCGUGAAAGAAACAGUAAGCGUCACAAUGGAAAUUCCCUCAGCGCUAGCCAAAUGGUCAGGUACAUUGACAAGACCAAUCGGAACAGGAUCUCUUCUCUCCGACACAGGAAGCCAGCCUUCUACAGCGACAUGAUGCAGCGAUGGCUUGCUAGGAAUACUUAG